CAAUCAUAUCUCUUAUAAUAAGUAUUUACAAUAUUUUUUUAUGACCAUACCUAAAAUAUUUUUCAAUCUAUCAUACUCAUUCAUUUAUGUUAACUUUUCAACCAAUAUUCAAUUUCUAUCAACAUCAUGAUCUUUUUAUAUAAAUUAAUAUGAUUUGGAUAAAAUUCAAUUUAUUAUCUUUUCUAAUUAUAAACUUCUAUCAUAAUAAAAACAAACAUUCAAUAUAAUUCUCCAAGUUGACCUCAAACAAAAAAACAUAAAAAUAAAAAAAUGCAUCCAAUCAUUAUUUUCUCUAUCCUCACUUCACUCUCUCUCCUCCACUCCUCCUCGGCCAUCCCACCCCACCGUCUUCCGCCCUUCGCCACCACCACCACCACCCUCUCCACCAUCGCACCACUACUCCCUCACCCCACCAUCUUCUUCGAAGUCACCAAACCCACACCACCACCACCACUCUCCCGCACGACCACCCCGUGUUCCCACCUCCUCCUCUCGCACGACUUCGCCAACACCUACUCUCGCCCCCCUAUCACCGCACCCUACUCUCCCCCUUCUCACUGCCCUUUCACCCGCUUCUCCGCCGUCGUCCUCGAGUUCUCCGCCGCUUGCCGUGGCCGCCAAUUUGACCGCAUCUUUGGUGUUUGGCUUUCUGGGGUUGAGCUCCUUCGCAGCUGCACUGCCGAGCCUACGCGCGACGGUAUUUUCUGGAAGGUUCGUAAGGAUAUUUCUAAGUAUUCUUCUUUGCUUUCGCAAUCUAAUCAGACUCUUGCGGUUUAUAUUGGGAAUCUGGUUGAUCAAACUUAUACUGGUGUUUAUCAUGUUAAUGUCACUUUUCAUUAUUACCCUGUUGUGAAUGAUCAUGGGAAUUCGGGUGAUUUGUAUGGAAAUUGGGCGGAUUUGAUAGUACCCAUUUCGAGGAAUUUGCCAUUGAAUGAUGGGUUGUGGUUUGAAAUUGAGAAUUCCACUGAUUUUGAGUCGAAAAAGGUGUCCAUUCCGAGGAAUGUUUAUAGGGCUGUGUUAGAAGUUUAUGUUUCGUUUCAUGAGAAUGAUGAAUUUUGGUAUACAAAUUUGCCGAAUGAUUAUUUGUUGGCGAAUAAUUUGAGUAGUAAUACGGCCGGAAAUGGGGCUUUUAGGGAGGUUUUGGUGAGUUUGGAUGGUGAAUUGAUUGGUGCUGUUUGGCCGUUUACUGUGAUCUUCACUGGUGGAAUUAAUCCCCUCCUUUGGAGGCCGAUUAGCGCGAUUGGAUCAUUUGAUCUUCCUACAUAUGACAUUGAAAUCACUCCGUUCUUGGGCAAGUUGUUGGAUGGAAAACUGCAUAAUCUUGGGUUUAGUGUUACGAAUGCGUUAAAUGUGUGGUAUGUUGAUGCUAAUUUGCAUCUUUGGUUGGACAAUAAAGUGAAGGUUGUGAAGGGGGAGUUAUUGGAGAACAAUGCUGAGCCUCUAACUUUGUCGACGAAAUCACACUUCAAAGGUCUUAAUGGCAAGUUUAAAGCUGGUGCAAGCAGAGCUAUAUUGUCGAAAGGUUGGGUAGAAUCCUCUAAGGGGAAUAUCACAACUGUUUCGAUUCAAAAAUUCGAUUUCCUAAACACUAAUGUGCUUAAAAAUGAUGGAAGUUUUCAGACAGUGAAUCAGACUAUUGACUUUAACACCACUGUUUCUGCAAACAUUGGGUCUGCCUCUCUGCUGUAUAACAUCGAAUCACACAAGAAGUUUCCGUUGUUUGUGUAUACCAACCAGAUUGAUCAAGGUGACAACACGUAUAGUUUGCUGAGCAAUGUGACCUUAGGAUUUGACGAGGAUAAGAUAUUGGCUGCUGAAGGUGUGCUUUCCUCGAGCACUCUGCGAAACUGGCAAAAGGGGGAUGGAACUAUGUUGGUGAAGAACAAUUUGGUGUCCGGUGGAUUGGGGCGUACACAUCAGGUUUAUAAAUAUACUGAUAACACUGGUAAAUUUUGUUACUUUAGGAAUGUGAGCAGCUACAACUACACUAUUGUCUUCGACGAAGUGAAAGAUAAAUGUAAGGUUGAAACCCGAGGUUAUAUUCCUCGUUUCUCUAAUCAUCGUAUUACACUACUGUAAGAGUAGUUUCAACAUUCGAUUUAUUUGUUUGUUUGUUCUUUGCUUGGUAUCUAUAAAUAAGGAUGCCAAUGUUAUAAUAAAUACAGCUUCCGAGGAAAGGAAGUGAAGAUUGUAAGAGAUAAAUGUGUUUGUAAAUUGGUUAAUCUUUGUAAAUUUUUAGGUUAACUUUCGAUCCA